AGAUGAAAACAAGGUCCGGUCAAAUAUGGACAAGGACGACGAAGAUUCCAUCGAUUCGAUUUUAACCGAAAUUGAAACAUCAUUGCAAUCGACCUACCCAGAAACUGGUGAGAAUGAAAAUCAGGUAUUAAGUGCUUACUAUGAAGAUCUACGCACAGUCGGAUAUGGACGAAAGGACGAUGCGUCUUUCAUAUUAACUUAUAACAAUCCAUUUGACCCACGACUGACCUUUCAUGGACUCGGGGAGCAUGUUCACUGCCCAGAUGUCAAAGAUGAGAAAUACAAAGCAGAACUGACAGAGAAUGUCUUUCUUGCUUUAGACCAACCUAGUCAGCUUAUGGACAAAUACUUGAACGGAUAUAGGGCUUAUGUUCGGGGAUUAAGUGGUUCUCCUGGGUCUGGAGACUGGGCGGACAGAAGUAUAGAAUGCAAGAGGUUAUAUGAAAGGAUUUCCUCAGACGCUGUCAAGUCAAUAUGGUCUGAAAACACAGAAAAAACAAAAAAUCCUACCAAUAGUACUGUUGCAAAUAAAUUUGACAACGCUUCUGUCACUCAGACUAACCAGCAUUGUCGACCAAAGACCACAAAAACUAGACUAACAAUGAGACAGAAGAAAGAUUCCGGCAACUUUACAAGAAAUGUAGCAUAUGCAGACACAGGAAUACCUGGAAAAUUAAUUGAAGGUUGUGUAUCAACCGAAGAUGAACAUAAAAGUCAAAGCAAUGCAGGAAAAAAUGGUGAUAAAAAAAGAACCAAUCAACCAUCCAAAUUCGGUAUUAAAGACACUAUGUAUGAACAUUCAAAAACAUUAAAACCUAUUGUUCAAGAUCAGAGAGAAUUGACAAACAGUUGGGCUGGUUUGUUUAAGAAAGGAAGCAACCAAACAUCAAAUAACAGCACUGGAUCAAAUAUAGAAGAUGAAGAAAUACAAAGAAUAGAUGGCAUGCAUGAUGGUACUGAAAACAAGAUUGAAACACACGAGACAACAAAGGCUAUUUCCUAUGGACCUAAUAUCAAUAAUGACAACUAUAACCGUCAACAGAACAUAAAGAACAACACGAAUCUAAUCUAUACACAUGUACAAAACCCUAUCCUGCCAAAUCCUUAUCAUAGGAAUAAUGAAUUCCAAGGACUUCAGCCUCAAUCACAAGAUCAAAAUUCCUGGUCACAUCAAAGUUUCAGACCAGAUCAUUAUACCACAACUUAUCCAACAAGCCAACUAUGGACAGAUCAGAACCAACCAAGUCAGCAGCAACAACUAUGGCAUGACCAAAACUCCUACCAACAAUUACCAAACAACCAUAACACAUCAACAAAAAUUCAACCUCCACCAGGAUUUAAUCAACAGCUGGUACAUCAACCAGGGCUGGUAAAUCAAAGAACCAAUUUUCAAACUGAUCUUCAACCAACAGGAAUGUACCAAAAUGUACAGGAUGUCAGUGAACAACAAUCCUUUUUAUAUAACUUGCAACAAUUUGUCCAGCAACCACCAACCCAAAUACAGAACCCAAUAAACAGGUACCAAUAUUUUCCAGGACAGCAGAAACCUCAGUUUAUGUACAACGGCAACUGGAAUGCCAACAAUAACAACGCAGAUGAUGAUGAAAUCAGUAAUACUGUGCACUACAGUAGUACGGAAACAAUGGGAGAGGAAAUAUAUAGAAAAGAACAUAGGGACAGGCCUAGAUGCAAGACCAGAAAUAUUCGAGCCAACUUGAUAAGAAUAUAUCCCUCUAAAAACAAGUAGGCACAAAGGACACAAAGGGAGGAGAAGAGGCGGUGUUUUUUAAACAUUCAAAAUACCAUCUAAGAUUUAUUUGGCAUAUGGUUCUUGCCAUUUUGCUUCAAAAGACUAUGAACUCAAAAUACGAAUCUACUUAUAUUUUAUUUUCAUACGUUUAUAUGUUAAGACUUGUUUUGUUUUUUUCAUUAAAUCUUUAAAAAGUAUGGUAUUAUUGUAGAUCUCUUGAGCAUUCACCCAUUCUGUCUUACAAAAUUACCAAAUUAACUAAUCAACCACGUUUGUUUGUGGUCUUGUUAGUUAAUCAUAAAAAGAAAGUAAAAGUAAAUGACAAAUUAAAAAUGAUAAAAAAUUAAGUGAGAUGAUGAACAAUGACCUCUCACUAGAACAUUCAGCCCACUCAAAAUGAAAACAACAAAUUCUGUUUCAAAUAUUUAUGUUGAGAUUUUAUAAACAUUGUGUAAAAUAAUGCAUUUAUAUUAUUGUCAUAGCAUACAACAUUUCUUAACCCUUUCCCUUUCACACCGGUACAGCUUACCGGUGAAGCAAAUUUUAAGAUAUUUUUUGGGCAUUUAGUCUUGUUCCAUCGUCAUUUGCUGACGUACAGAUAUGGGUAAGGGCUCAAAUCAAUCCUCAGGAUACCAGCAAUAUGAUUGAAUGUGCAUCAAACUUCUAUCAUUAUCAGUUCAUAGUAAAUUCGCCUCUUAC